CGACACAGUGCGCACCUCGAGUGCCGCCCAGCACCUCGACCCGUCCACCGACCACCACCCGCCAACUCGCGCGACCUCGAGCGACUCGCCCCUCCGCCUCCUCGCUCGACACUCGACCAUGGCGACCACCGUGACCCUCACCCACCCGCCAGUCGCCAUUCCCGCUCCGCCACCUGCACCGGGACAGCUCAACAUGCACCCACCCACCAACUGCGGCCACCUCGUCGCGUGGAUCGCCGCCAACCCGGACCACGCCCUCGACCGCCUCGACGCCGCCCUCUCGACCGACCCGCACCCGCCUCGCGCCAAGCUGCCCCAGGCAACACCUCGACCCGCCUGCUCGUCAUGCGGCACCAGCCCGCUCCGACCUUUCCUCUGCCUCGCCUGCUCGACCCUUACCUGCGGCCGCAUCCCCAACUCGGGCCACGCUCAUCAACACGCCCUCGACACCCAGCAUCACCUCGCGUGGGACGUUCGGGCAUGCUCCCUGUACUGCUUCGAGUGCGUCGGCUACGUGCGGCACCAGGUCGUCGACCGCUACGCCGCCGCACAGCGCCUCGUCGUCGCCGACCGUCGCUCCGAGGGCGAUGCUCAGCGCGCGACGAAGCGCAAGAGGGUCACGAUGCAGAAGUGGGAGCUCGUCGCCCCCGUCUCUUCCUCGUCAGGCUCUGGCGCUCUCACCGCUCGUGGCAUUCGCAACCUCGGCAACAGCUGCUACAUGAGCGUCGUCCUCCAGUCGUUCCUCGCCAACCCGUACCUGCGCACGCACUUUCUCGGCGACCGGCACAACCGCCUGUCGUGCGACAAGACGCGGGCAGGCGAGCCCUGCCUCUCGUGCGAGCUCGACCUCCUCUUCUCCGAGCAAUACUCGGUCGACCCGACGCCGCUCGCGCCGACUCGGUUCCUCUACUCGUUCUGGCAAUCGAGCCUCGACGCCGCCGGCUACGCUCAGCAAGACGCGCACGAGUUCCUCAUCUCCUCGCUCAACCUCCUGCACUACGCCUCGCCGUCGCACACCGACAACCCGUCCUUGACGUGCCCCUGCGUCGUGCACCGCACCUUCUCGGGCGAGCUGCGGUCCAAGAUCACGUGCGGCAGGUGCCACCACCAGAGCGAGACGCUCGAGCCGUUCCUCGACCUGAGCCUCGACAUCCGCGACCGCGCGAGUGGCAAACUCGCCGAGACGCUCAAGGAGUGCUUGACCAGCUUUACGGCCCCGGAGCAGCUGCCGUCCAAGUACAGCUGCGCGGCGUGCGGCGACGGCGUCCCGUCGGCGAGCAAGCGCCUCAGCCUCAAGACGCUCCCUCAGGCGCUCUGCAUCCAGCUCAAGCGCUUCGAGAUCACGUCGGCGGCGCACAAGCUCGACACGCCCGUGCGGUACCCGCUCAAGCUCGACAUGGCGCCCUACCUGACGACCAACCUCGAGUACCCGGCGGCUUACAAGCCGUCGGACGCGCACCGGUUCAACCUCAUGGCCGUCAUUGCGCACGAGGGGACGCUCAGUCAGGGGCACUACACGGCCUACGUGCGCGGCAACGACGACUUCUUUGCCAUCGACGACGACAAGGUGCGCAGGGUGCGCAUCAGCGAGGUCCUCGCCGCAAAGGCGUACCUCGUCGUCUACUCUCGCGCUUGAGCCCUCUCGCCCCUCCUCGUCUCCCUUCCACGACCUCGCCCUCGCCCUCGCCCUCGCCUAUAGCAUGUCCCACGACCCCUUCUCGACGCCCUCUUUGUCCUGUACACCCACCCGUUCUUCCCCUCGUUCUUGAUUCGCUCCUCGAGCGCCCUCUGCAUUAUUCCGCAUCGUUCCCUUUCUCUCUCUCUUGAUGAUCGCGCCGGUGCAUUCGACGUGUCUUGUCUUC